UCACUGUUGAUUUUUGUUUACAAUCAUCAUUAUUAUUAUUUGUUAAAUUUUUAAAAGUUUUUUCAAAAUUAAAACAACAAAAAUGUUAAGCACGGAUGAAUCGAAAAAAUGUAUGGAAAAGGUGAUUGAUAAUCUUAAAACACAUGGUACAUUUGAUGAAUUACGAAAACAAUGUAUGGCCGAUGUCGAUAUAAAGCCAUCAUAUCGUAAUCUAUUACAAAGAGUUGAAGGAUAUGUUAAAAAAUUUCUAUAUCAACAACAUUGGAGUCCAAGAUUGAAUAAAAAUCAGCUUCGAAAUCGACUUCGAAAUGAAAUUAAUGAAUCGGAUAUGAUUCGUAAUAAUAUUAAACAUCUUAUUGAACAAGUUGUAAAUGAAAAAAUUCAAAUGGAAUUUCGUAUGAAAAUCGAUGAAGUAUUGCAUGAAUAUUUAGGAAUCAAAAUCGAAGAACCAUUAUCAAAUAAAGAUGAAACAACAAAUGACCAGCACAAAACAGAAAAUGAUGAUCAAAUGAUCGUUUCGAAUAAAAAUGAUGAUAAUGUUGAUUCGAUUGUAAAUAAUCAACAACAACAACAACAAAAUGAUGAAGCAAACAUUCCAGCAAAAUUGGAAAUUAAAACCGAAGAACAAGAUUUCAAUUCGAAUUUAAAUAUUAUCAAUGAAAAUGAAGAUAAUAAUAUGGAUGUUGAUAUGGAUAUUGAUAUGGAUAUUGUUUGGCCAACACCACCAAAACUUGAAAUUCCUACACCUGAACAUAAUGAAAAUGAACAGGAAAAUUCAUUAGAUUUAGAUUCGAUACAACAACAAAACAUUGACGACCAACCGAAUGAAAUUGAAAAUGUUGUCAAAAGUGAUGAUGAAAUGAUUGUCGAAAGUAAUAUUAAGGAUGGUGAUAAUGAUAAUGUUGAUGAUCCAAGUAAUUCCAACAAUGUUUCGAAGAAUGAAGAUUCGGAAAAACAAACAGAAAAUAUUAUCGAUACGAAUAAUGAUAAACAACAACAACUAGAACAAGAAUCUAGUUUACCUGAUGAAUUAUCAUCAGCGAUUAUUGAUGAUAAAAAAGAUAAUAAUAACGAUGAUGAUAAUCAAGAACAAAAUAAAGGUGAUGGUGAUAAAAUUGAUGAUCAAGAUAAUCAAGAAGAUAUAUCGGAUGUUUCAUCCGUUCAUACUAGUGAUUUAUCCGAUUUUGAUGAUGAAAUUUCUAUUGAAGGUUCGGAUUCGGAUGAAGCAACCGCAACAACAACAAAGAAAAAAAUUAGUUUAAAAGUUGUUAAAGAAUUGGCUGCAUCUAUUACCGACAUUAAAGAUGAUCAUCAUCCAACGAUACAAUCCUCAUCAUCUAAAUCUCAAAAAUCAAUAAAACCAAAUGUUGAACAAAGUAAAGAUUCGGCUAUUUCGAACAACAAUGAUAACAACAACAACAACAAUAAACGUAAACGAAAGAAAAAUCCAAAAUUUUUAUCAUCAGAAUUUUCAUAUGACAAUAGUAGUGGCAGUAGUAAUUCGAAUAAAAAAACAAAAAUCGAUGAAACGAUUCAGGCAAAUAACAAUGAUGAUAAUGAUAAUGAAACUGCAAUUACUCCAUCGAGUAGUAAAUCAUCGUUGAAAAUACGAAAACGUCUUCCGACAACAACCACAGCAGAAUCAACACCAACAAGUCAAUCAAUGAAAUCAACUGAAUCAAAAUUAUUACGACAAAAUUCAAAACAAAAUUUACGAGAACAAACAGCGAAAAAAUCUGAUCAAUCAACACCAUCAUCAUCAUCGUUGGCUAAUACAAGUACCACGACGAAUAAAACAGCGAAUAAUAAUAAUAAUAAGAAAAAUAUAGCGAAAACAAAUCGUAAUGAUUUAUCAAAUAAACGUUAUGAUUCAUCUGAUCUUUAUAAACCAAGAAAUCAACGAUUAUCAUCAACACGUCGUGGUCGUGGACGAUCAUCCAUUACAGAUCCAUUAACGCCAAUGACACCGGAAUCAAAUAAUUCUAAUUGAACAUUUUUUUACUUCAAAUAAUACUGAUUUGUUUUAAUCGAUUCAUUUUUUUUCUUUGCAAAAAGCAAAAUACUUGAAUAAAUAAGAUUUUUUGAAGGGAAAGAGAUUAAUUUGUCU